UGUCCAUGUGGACGUUGACUCAGCACAACAGCCCAUUGGUGCAGAGAAAGGAAAAGCAGACGAGAGGCAGAAACAAAGGGCCGUACACUCAUCUGAACGAGCAGUAAACACCGCUGUGGAGACCCACGAGCCCGACAGUAAGGAGAGCACUGGGAUCAUCUCUUCUGGCAGCCUUAACAUCCACGCGCCAUCCAGUGCGUCCAGUGAACCACAAGGUGGCAGACAAUCAGGCCAUGGCAGGGGGUAGAAGGCCGAACCCCGAAUGAAGGACCAGCUCUCUGGUAUUUUAUUUUGCCCCAAAACACUCAGAUGCAGGCAGUACCCUCAAUGUCUCUGGACCACCAGCUCUGCUCAUCACUCGUUUCCAGUCGGACAUUCGGCUGCCCUGCUCCUUGAACGUGACGCCCAGACACAUUGACCCUCAAAGGCUCAGGGUCACCUGGAGACACAAAAAUCACACCGUGGCUCACUACAGUGGAAGUGGAAGAAUCGUCCUACUUACUCCACGAGUCUAUCUGGCAAGAGAGAGCCUGAAGGAUGGAGAUGCCUCUCUGCUGCUGAGUCCAGUUGACAUCGAGGACGAGGGUCGUUAUGUGUGUCAGGUGGCGUAUGACCAAGAGAAUCAGGAGGUCACCACUCAUGUGGUGGUCAGAGCUGCCCCUCGGGUCCUCUUCACCCAGGGGCCUGACAGCGUCCUGAACUGCAGUGCCACAGGUUUCUACCCUGCUGCCAUCUCCUUUACAAUUGGCCAACAUAGUAAGGAGGUGAAGAUGGAGCGCCCAGCUGGACAGCUCCUGCCAGAUGGCACCUUCAGGGCAGAUAGCACAGUAAACGUGAGAGCUUGGAGGGCCGGGAGUGACCCGUUCUACUGUGAAGUCAGGCACGAAGCUCUGGAUCAGCCGAUUAGGACACGCCAGCAAGAAGAUGCCAUUCCAAAGGUCUCCUUCAAGCUGUACUCAGAGGUGGAAAACCUGGAGGACACAGUGCAGUGCAUUGCGACGGGCUUCAAUGCCCCUGAAAUCAUGUUCACCAUCUUUCGCUUGAACUCUGUUGUGAAGCAGAAGGAGCUGGUGGGUGAAAGCCAGCCAGAUGGUACCUAUGAGGCCAAGCUGGUGUACACCUUCAUGAAGAACCACGAGAACUUCAGGGAGUUGCAGUGCAUGGUGACUCAUGCCUCGAUGGAUGAACCAAUCCGAAAGCAUCUCAUAGUUCCUCUGACCAUCGCGUUGCAGAAUCGAGCAGAGCUGGACAAGGUGUCAGACAUGAUCUGUGUGGCCGAGCGCUUCCUCAAUCCCGUCGAGUACUUUGUCUGGAGGAAAGGAGAGGAAGUUGUUUACUCAGAGGCAGCACCCAAAGGACAGAUGCCCGAUGGCACCUACACAGCAGUCAGCUGGUACCGCUUCACUCCAAGCAGCCGUGAUCAAGUGUCCUGUGAGGUUCAGUACCAGCACACGAAGACAACUAGGAGAUAUGUGACAUAUACUGGUCAGUCCUUCACGGAGCUGUUCAUAGUUGGCAUAGUCAUCCUCGGCCCGCUGCUCCUCAUCCUCAUUAUCAUUCUAUGGCACUCCUCAGUGUUCCUCUCACCUAUCGUCCCUGAGAAGAUGAUCUACGAUGAGCCUGGCAUGCUGACCUGCAGUAUGUCUGGUUGGUGCCUGCGCAUGGUCUCCAUAAAGUGGUUCUUGAAUGAGGAGGAGAUCCAUCUAGAUGCUGAGGAGGAUGAGGACAAGGAUGAGGACGAUGACAACAUGUGGGAGAGCCAAAGUGACAUGUCUGGCUACUCCAUGAAGAGGGGCCACAUCAGCAGGAAGGGCUGCUGUAAGGCCGAGACCACCAUCAGCCUUAAGUUCACCCCCAAUGAGUCCGAGCAUGAGGACAGGGCCUUCAAGUGUCAGGCCACCCACCGAAUGACCAGGAAGCGGGUGGCACGAGUGCUAGUCUUUGAGAGUGAAGGGCAAUGAAGCAUAUGACCUUCAACCCCAGGAGCCUACCCUAUUUGAAACCAAGUGCCUUGACACUGGACACUGGACCAUGAGGCUCUUUGCCUUCUUCAUACAGUAUGUGCCUGCUAUCUGGGCAGUCCAGAAAGUGUGUCCUGUUGGGUCCAGGAAGCAGAAGCUGUGGAUCACUGUUUGUAGUAUUAGAGUCAAGGACAGAUAAAUGGUGGCCGGCUGAGGAGCAGUCCAGGUGCAAGUGGAGGCCACUGUGUUGGACAGCAGUUGUGUAUAUAAAAACGUAAAGCUUAACUCUG